AUGCAGAGCUGCUACCCUGGUUCCGUUCACACAUUUAACAAGGCUGCUUCUUGUGUCAAUGUUGGAAAUAGUUCUCAUCCAAAACUAUUGCCAGCAGAUCAUCUACGGAUUUGCGAGUGGCAAACAGUCCAUGGGAAAUCGGACAAUCUAUUCACUGCGCAAAUGUUGGGAUUCGCUAAGAAAACGCCAUUUCAAAAUGAACAAGAGAUAAUGAACAAAGCUCUCAUACCACUGGACAUAAAACCCCAGAAAAAUGGCUUGACCCUGGAAAAAGAGCUCUUAAAUGUACCCUCGAGCUGGUUGGACCAUCCAUUUUUCACAUUCAAACCCGGAAAAACUAAGAAACUCGUCAGUGCCUCCUGGAACCCUAGCGAUGUGAAAGAUUUCAACAAAGCCGAAAGAUACCAUGAGCUUAUCAUUAUUCAUGUGACUAGAGCGGACAUGAUUUCUGAUAAUCAGACAGAGAUCGUUUCGAAGUUUGCCAAGGCUCUCGCAAGUCAACUGAAAGGACAUGGCCUUCAGACACAACCUUUCAAAUGGGACGGACCCACCGUUGCAUGGCAAAAGGUAAACAAAGACAAAAAGCCUUUCAAUUCUACGGCCGAGAGACAAGAAGUAGUCAAUGGUCUUUUAACUACUUACCUGAUGAGAGGCGACAAGUCUCGUAUGGUAUUUUUGAUACUGGCCGACAAAGACGCCGCAGUCUACUCUGAUAUCAAACGGUGGGGAGAUUGUAAUCUUGGAAUAGCAACGGUUUGCGUUUGCCCAUCAGCGGUGGUAAAGAAAAGUUCUGAUAUUCUAGACAACUUGAGCCUCAAAGCUAAUUUCAAGCUUGGUGGUACAAACCAUAUCAUUGGUGAUGUCAAAGAGCCAUCGGAACACAUCGAGUCCGUCCAAAAUGAUUCGCUUAUGAUUUUCGGUGCUGAUUUUGUCUCAGAUCUAGGCGGCAUGAUCAAAGAGAGACUACAGCUUUAUCAGGGAAAUAACGAAGGGAAUCUUGCCUUGAAUAUUUUAUUUUACCGUCAUGGCAUUAGUGAGAGUCAAUUUGGCAUGGCACUCACGCAAGAGCUUCCACAAAUUUACAAAGCUUGUAAGGAAUUUGCGGAGAAGCAAGGGAAAUCUAAUAUUCGUAUCACGUUGCUAGUCGUCACGAAGCGCCACCACACCCGUUUAUUUCCGCUCAAGUUGACCAAUAGUACCGAGAAUAUAAGUGGAGGUCUGGUGGUAGACAAGCACAUCGUGAAUCCUAAUCAAAUGAUCUUUUUCCUUCAAAGUCAUGAUUCUGCACUGGGAACAGCACGUCCAGCUCACUACACUGUCACCGCUAAUCAAUGUGAAUUGACUUUGAAGCAAUUAGAACGAGUGACACAUAAAUUGAGUUUUGUGGGUUUUCGUGCCACAAAGGGAUUAUCUGUCUGCGUUCCUGCGCAGAAUCUUUAUCAACCAGAUUCAAAGCAGUCUUGUUUUCUGUUUCCUACCUUUCGUAAAGAAUUGGUAAAUGUCAUAUCAAACUGCUUUGCUUGUGAAUCAGUAGGCGGCCAACGGCAGCUCAGCAGAUCCGGGAUCUCAUCAAAUCAUUGUGAGGAAUUGAAGUAUAAAUCUCUUUACUCUGUCGAGCGUAAAUUCACUUCUCGAAGGAUCUCAGGCUUGCGGAAGAUGUCUUCAGAAGGACGUAAAUGCUCAAAAUGUUCCAACGCACCAGAGAACACUCAGCACAAAACACAUUCCUGCGAGAAAAGUUGGCCAUUCUGGAAAGACCAAGUUUGUGAUAUUUGUUUCGAUCCCGGUCAUUCAUGUUCUCUCUGUCCCAAGAAGAAUAGUGCUCAUAAUAUUUGUGGCAUUUGCGGACAUCUGCAUAACAGCAAAUUUUGUCCUUCCAUAAAGGCUCCUGACCCUAAACAGUAUACGAGAGAGAAGUAUGAAGCAUUCAUAAGAAGAAAUCCCCCAAGGAAUCAGCCACAUACAGUCCCGUCGACUUCAUCUGCAGGCCCCUCGCAAAGUGUCCCCUCAACGGCAACCUCUGUACCACAAGUUGUUCAAUCCCAUGCAACUCAAGCUCAACUUCUCCCACCAGGCUCGGUAAGAUUAGUCGCAAAUUUCACCCCGCCAGCAAAGACAGAAAAAGAAGUUGAAGAAGAAAAGCGGGCAGGUGGUUUCCAGCAAUUAGUCCAUCGUCGGACAACACCUGCCAAUGUUGAAGCUAGAGACGUCAAUUUGCCUGAUCCUGUUCAAGCCAACUACUUCAAAGUCACCUUCAAAUCUUAUCUUGAUCUGCGGAGAUACAGGAUUCAACUCGACCAAAUCAAUUCAAAAGACGUUGUCAAGCGUGAGCUUCGCCGUACUUUGAUCAAAGGGCUACUCCAACAGAACCCUCCUCCAGGAAUAUGGGUUUCGGACUAUUCGGAAUACAUUGUCUCUGUCGGCAAGCUUUAUGAGAAUUUAACUGAUGCGCCGGGAGCGACUGUCGAGAUUCUUCAUCAUCGUCCUGGUCGAGAUCAAGCCUUGGUUCCAAUGCAAAGCCUCAUCGUUUACGAAGGCCCUUUUCAAAGAGAUGCUUUAGACACGCAUGUGUCUUCGAGUGAUUCAUUAUUCUUACCAGAUGCGGACCUUAGAAUGCUAAACAUUAUCUCGUGGUUCAGAAUUAACGGCUAUGAUCCACAGAAUACACCAUUUUUUGAUGGAUUCCGUGUGGGAAAUAGAUUCUAUCCUACUGUUGGGGGUGUGAUUCCUGACCAUAGGAUUCCAUCGGUCAAUGAAACAAUAUUUCUAAUAAGGGCUGGAUUCUUUACAUCGAUGCGGCCAGCUAUUGGAUCGGUGCUGUUGAAUGUCAACACCGUGACCUCAGCUUUUUUUCCACCAGAAAUACUGAGUAAUUGGAUCAGAUUGCGUUGGGGACAAGAAAUUCCGCCAGUCAACGAACAGACUGACCUUAUAGGCCUGCGAGUUACUUUCAGUGGCGACGGUCCAAUUCCUAAAACUAGAGUCAUUCGUGAUGUCAAUAGUCUAAAUGUUAGUCGAGUCAAUUUCACGCCUACAAACGCCGACGGAACCCAGGGCCAGAAUACCUCUGUUUAUGACCACAUGAGAAAUAAGUAUCACUUGUUGACAUUCAGUCCCACUACCUGCUGCUUGAAUAUGGGAACAACAAAUGAUCCGAAAUGGUACCCGGCUGAUAAGUUGCGGAUCGUUGCGGGACAAAUCUUCAAGAAGCAACUCCCGGAACGUUUAGGCAGCCUAAUGAUAAAGAUUGCUCAGAACCUGCCCGAAACCAACAAGAGGUUAAUUCUGAACAGUGCAUUGCCUUCUCUAGGAAUCCCAGCUACCACAGGUUCCUUCUCACAAUUCGGCCUCAGUAUCAAUGAUAAAUUUGAAGAGGUCGUUCCUAGAUACCUUCGUCAGCCUAUACUGGAAUUUAAAGGAGGUUCCCAGUUUGACAUAUCCAAGCAACCAAUGAACAGAUCUUCCUGGAUGCUCAAAGAUAACGGUCGCAUCUUCAAGUUUGCUGAAACUGGAAGCUCGAUUUCUAAUCUGCAUAUCAUUCGACUCAAUGUCGAAAAUAAUGCUGAUAAAGCAGAAGUGAUGAAUCUUGCCCGAGAUCUCAGUAGGAGAAUUGGAGACUAUGGUGUCACAAUAACAGGAAAUGAAAGUGUUUGCGACGCUGCGUUUUCGCUAAAUAGGUCGAACUUUUGUAUUGGACUUAAUGCAGCCCUAGCAGCUUUACGUUCAAGAAAUAGUAGCAGAAACCCGAGACUACUUCUCGUAGUAGUCCCCGACAAGAAUAUACGUACCUAUGCAAAUAUAAAGUGGUGGGGUGACUGUGUCGCAGGUAUCCCGACAAUUUGCAUCACCAAGGGUGUGCUUGCCAAAGGGAGAUGGAUCAGAGGCAGAUUUCACUCGGAUGUUGGAGUUAUUUCUAAUAUCAGUCUCAAGAUAAACUUCAAAUUGGGAGGCGUUAGCCAUUUCCUUAACGACGAGGCAGGCCAAAGAAUCUUCUGGGCUGGUGCGAAGGCAAAUACUAUGAUCGUUGGAGCGGAUGUUUCCCAUGCUGGUAAAGGUAGGGAUGCAACCUGCCCUUCAAUGGCAGGGGUCGUAGCUACUUGUGAUCAACAAUGCUCUCAAUACUUUGCAUCCGCUCGCCUCCAAGAGAACAACACCGAGUCGAUUGCCGACCUUGCGGAUAUGAUCGGAGAGCGUCUUGAUAGAUACUACACUGUCAACAAUGAUUUGCCUGAGCACAUUCUAUUCUAUCGCGACGGUGUCAGUGAAAGUCAAUACGGGAUGGUUGUGAUAGAUGAAAUUCCUCGCAUCAAAGCUGGAUGCAGAGCGGCCGGUACAAGGAAUGGGAAAGGACAGAAUUGGUGCCCAAAGAUCACUCUUCUCGUGGUUGGAAAGCGCCAUCACACCCGCUUCUUUCCUAAAUUGGCGAAAACUCAAAAGUUUAACAACAACCUUUCGUCCGGCUUGCUGAUUGAUACAGGGGUAGUUACACCUAAUCAUUUCAGUUUCUAUCUUCAGAGUCAUGAUAGCGCACUUGGAACAGCAAGAAGCGCACACUACAUUGUAAUCAUAAAUGAGAGUGAUUACACACCGGAAAGUAUUCACAAAACUACGAACACUAUCUGUUUCACGGGUUCUAGGGCAUUCAAAGCCUUGUCAGUCUGCACCCCGGCUAAAUACGCGGAUAUUUUAUGUGAUCGCAUGCGUUGUUAUAUGAAGCCGGCUCUGGACAGUGAUUUUGCUGCCACGUCUCCAAAUAACCUGGAUUUCUAUCGAAGUAAUGCAGGCAUUUGGAAUGCUCCUCGUCAGAGUAGGACUAAUCCCUGGCAUCCCAAUCUUAACAAUCUGAUGUUUUAUCUUUGA